CAAUUAGAUAAGCUUCCUGGAUGUUCUAAGAUUAUUCAUGGUGCAUGGGUGCAAAAUUGUCAUGAGUUAACAUGAGUUUAGCGCCGUCUAGUGGUGAGGUUUGAGUAUUUCAUACCGUUACGCGUAAUGGCAACCGUUUUAGGUUUGCUUCAUUUUACUGCAUUCUUUUGAACGGAUAUUUUAGUUUCAGUCUCAAUUAAAGACAUUUAAACACAACACCUCAUAAUGCAAAGAGUGUCCAGUUAUUUAUAUAAAUAUAAAUGGUAAUUUACUUUUUGAGGCACAUUAAAAUGCCUCAAAUUGACCAUGUCUGUGUACUUUUGGCAAAAAAAAUUAUAUGCAGUUUUUUGGCCGGGGAAGAUUUGUUCUUCAUAUUUUACUCUUAAUACAAAGUGACCCACAUUAAGGUUUUGAGUAACUGAAUAUUUUACAGGCAUAUGUGCGUAGAACUUAAACUUGUACUUCAAUAAAAUAUAUUCUAAACAAAUACAAAUGAAAUAUAAAGGGUAUUCUUAAUCCUUUUGGAGUAAUGCACUGAUGUCAAUGGCGUGAAAUACAACAUAAAAACUAAAUAAUAGGCCUAUAUGUAAAAUUAUGUUUUAACUUCUUGUUUCUAUCGCCUAAUGGCAUCGACAUCAGUUUGAUAAUUUUAUAAUUUAUGAAAUGUGCAAUUUUGGUGAGAGAUAACCUAAUGUCCUGAUUCAGUUAGUAGGCUGUAUAAUUUUGGGAGCGGCAACUGAUCUCAGUAAAAAAUAAAUACAGUAGCCAAUAUUUGAAGUGGAUCAAAAAAGUUCAAAGUUUUCUUAAGAACUAAGUUGUCCUAAGAAGAAGGUUUUCAAAUGUUGACAACUGUAAAUAAAUAAAAAGUAACGCGUUCUUUAAAUUAUUUGCACAAGUUGUCAAGCUCGUUGUCAAGCUCGUUGCCAAACAGUUUCCGGGAACACAUUGUGCUUGAUGACGACAGUAUUUCGCAAACUGACGGAACACCCAGUGAAAGAACAUGAGGUAACAUCUGGCAUCAUCACGGGUCUGUGCAAGCAAACUCACGGUUUAAAUGGAAAGCACAUGAGCUAAACCUUUCUACAAUAAGCUAAGUGGCACAUUAAUUCAAUCAGGGUUUGGGAGUAACGGAAUAGACCUACAUGUAACUUAAUUACAUGUUUAAAAUACAAAAUAUGCGUGAGCCAUUCCACCGAAUGGGUGACAUUUCUGUCCCCAGGACAUUGUAUGUAUAAAUAUGCAUGAAAAUAUACUCUAAAAUACAUUUUAUUAUUAAGCAAAGUGUCCUGGACAUUAAUCUAACUACAAAUUUAAAGUAUAUGAUUUAAAACAUCAAUAAAAACUACUGAGAAUACAAAAUAAUAAUAAUAAUUGUUACAUUCCCUGCCAUAUUAGUUACCCUCACACAUUUCCCCCUAUAAAAAACUUGGAACAUCCCACAAGACACAUUUUCAACAGGAAGUUGCAUCAUCAGGAUCUUCUGAAGGCCAUGAGAAGACCAAAAAAGAUGGAGAGAACCCAUACUAUUCAAGUGCCAGAAACACUUACCCAUGGCAUGCUGCAAGGGAAGGAGUGAAACACACCCACAACCCUCUCUUUUUCCCCCUUUUUGACUCUCCUUCCCUCUCUCUCCCUCCCUUUCUCUUCUCCUCUCUCUCCUUCUUUCUUUUUCCUCCUCCUUUGCUGUAAAGUACUACUAGCACAUAGUACAUUCCUUCAACACAGAAAUCACAUGCACACACGGCCAUGUACACACUCUGUUUUUCACACACAUAUGGACACUCAUUCCUGUUACCCAGUGUUCAUUCCUGUUACUAAAUAUUAUUUUAUUUUUCUAAAAAAAAAAAAAAAAAAUUAAACCACUGUUUUUAUCAGUUUUUAUUUGGUCCAUCAUUUAUACAAUUGCUUAAUAUGCUUAAUAAAUUAAAUUAUUAAAAAUAUAUAUAUAUAAACUUGAAGCUUCUGUGUUCUUUAAAAUAAAAAUAUGGCUUUGUGUUUUUUAUUAAAAUAAAUAUUGCCUUAAUAUAUAAUGAUUUUUUAGUCUCAAAUAUCAAUUAUUUGAACAUAUAACCAACAAUGUCUUUAAAAUAAACACUUUCUUGAGGGUAAAACAAAGAAAUUAAUUGACACGCUUUUAAACAUGUCUUUUAAAUGGCACAUGAGUUUUGGUAACAGGACUGAGAAAACAUGCAUCCAUCUUCUGCUUAGAAACCUUGUAAAAAAAAAAAAAAAAAAAAAAAAGUUACCUGAGAUUGACCAGUAUUAGAUUCAGUGUUGAAAAAAGUUUAAUUUUACAGUUACAGUUAAAAUACAAAAUAUGAGUAACUAUUUCAUUAUAUUUUAAUCAAAUUACAGUUACAUCUGAAAAGUAUUUUAGAUUUCCAAAGUGAUUACUUUAAUGUUUAAAUGAAAUAAAUGACAUUAAAAUUCAGUGUAAACUGUGAAGGGAAAUUAAUGUAAAUAUAAUGUAACUAUCCUGAAUAAGCUAUUUUCACAGAUGUUUACAUAUACUCCACAAGACCAAAUGACUGAAUUUAUAAAAAUUGCCCCAUUCAAAAAAAUUCCAAAGGCCUACCAUUGAAUCUUAACUGUCUGUCGUUACCUGAAUGAUCCACGACUGUUUUCAUGUUUUUUCAUGCUUGUCUGUUUUGUGAUAGUUUGUAAGUCUCUUGUUUGUCCUGAGCAGUUAAACUGUCUGCUGUUCUUCAGAAAAAUCCUCCAGGUCCUGCAGAUUCUCAGGUUUUCCAGCAUCUUUUGCAUAUUUCACACCUUUCCAGCAGUGACUCAUACACAGCUAUCAUGAAAGUGUCGUUACAGACUGAAGAGCAACACAUGCACACGCGCCUUCUGUGUCUUCUACCUCUGUUUGUCACCCACCCGCACGAGCCCGUCUCCCCCUCCUCCCUGAGAAUGUGGGUAUGGAUGGAUGGCGCACAGGCCCGUCUGAAAGGACAAUAAAGCACAAAGACGCUGAUCCCAAUGACUCGAUGUCCCUGCUGAAAAGCAUAUGUCCAAAUGUCUGGUUUUCUCACAGCCAGUCCCUGAAAUCCAGUCAAUGAAGUCUCCACAAACUCUCUCUCCCUGCUCUGAAUGGAGCCAUUCUAAUAAGAGUUGAAAUGGAGGAUGAAAAUGGUACUUGUUUACUUGAUGUUUUGUGUGACCCUCAAGCCCUGAAUGAUUUUCUUCAUGGGACAAAUGAGCUGCCAAGUGGAGACUUACUCAUUAAUUCAUCCUCUGGAGAGCCAUCACUCUUCACAGACUCUCCAAGCCCUGCAUCUCUGUUAGCAGACGAUGCAAGUUCUCAGGACACUCCUGUCUCUGGCUGUGUCGAUCUGUCCUUUCUGGAGGAGGCGCUGUUGGCAUCACCGGUAUCAUCUUUAGGAAGUGGAGGUCCAGAGGAGGCACAAGAAAAUCCCAAUGUCCAAUUAGUGGAACAGCAGAAAGAGUCAGAAGAGAUAUGUGACAUUCUCCAGAAGAGUCUACAAGAGGCAGAUAUCACUGAGGACACUCUUGCAUUAGAGGCAGGACUUGUCCAGACAGCAGAAACUCUCCAGCUUAGUUUAUCAGAUGCAACCCUUCCUUUGCCUGCAACACCGUAUUUCUCCAAACCAUUGACCAUGCCUGGCUUGAUCUCUUUACCAAAGUACACACAAACAGCAGUGGAGCCUCCUCAGCCAUCUUUGUUAGCUGUUGGCCCAGGCUGCCCCUCGCUCAAGCCUCCAGGAACCCAGUUAAUGAGUCUACUUCCUGGGAAUGUCUUCCCCACACCUCCACUCGAGACAUCCUUUUCUAUUAAUUCAGCACAAAGCACCAGCAUGAUUACCCAAAAGACCCUGGCAAGCCUCACAAGCUGCCAGAUGUUGGCCUCCACCGUUAGAACAAUUACUCCAUCAGUGGUCAUGUUACAAAAAACGCCUCUACCCAUUCAGCCUAAGUUACCUGUCAACAUCCAGCCCAGGCUUGUACAGAUCAGUCCCAGGCCAUCAGGACAGAAAAUAUUGCCAGGAUUUGCCUUCAUCUCAGCAAAUACAACACAGAGUGUCUUGCUAUCCCCUUCUGUUGGCUCAAAGCAGUCCUUGCAAGCACAGUCCACACCAAAUGUUAGCAAACCUGUUAGCUUUAACUUGGUUGGUCAGGGAAACCCCAUUGUCAUUCAACCCCAAGAUACUUUUCAGGGUCAGAGACAAUUCUUUCUGCCCAGCCAAACACCUGCAACUAUGACCCAGUCUACCAGCAUUUCAAGAUGUCUUCUUAGUACACCAAGCAAUCAGGUGUCUAACAAACCCAAUGUUGACAGUUCUCAUAUUGUGACUAUACAGCCAAGACAAAUUAACAUAAGCCCUAUUUUCACCUCCCCAACCGGACAACUCACCCUCAAACAUGGGACUUUUCUAUCAGGGUCUUUACCAAUUCGGCCAACACCUCCAACAGUCUUCCAGAUGCCAACACAGCUAGCAGGGACCUAUGCACCUCAAGUGCAGGGGCAGAAUAAUACUGUUGUUCAAAACCCUGUCGGAAACCAGAUAAGAUUGAUUAAUAAUGCUAAUAUGCUCAUUCCUGAUAUGACCGCCAUACCAAUAGUGAAUGGUCAGUCAGUAAAACAAAGUCUGCCUAUGGCGCCUCCAGCACAAAGAGCUCUGGUUGGGGGACCUGAGGGAAAGGUGAGUCUUGCCCAGAAUUCAACAACAGAAGAUGAGGAGAAAGUCAACGAACCGCUUCAAGAGAGGAGAUUGCUUCCUCAAGCUUCAGCGGAAGCACCCAUUGUGGAGAUUCACUUUCAGCCCUCUCCAGUAUCAACUCUACUACAGUCUUUACCACCAGAUGAUAGUUGUACCCCUGAGCCAGUUUUGUCAUUAUCCCCAAAACUGAUCACCCAAACAGAAGAGCGUAAUCUAUUGCAUCACAAUCAGGCAUUAAUACAUCUGCCCCAACAGCAUCCACUUAAACUGUCAACUACCCAAGAUACCUUAGCUGAAAAUCUGCUUGGGCAAAUGGACAACAUCUCUACUGCCACAGGUGAAACUGAGGAUUCACUUACACCUUUGACAGCAUCUGAGGCUUUCUCUGUAUCGUGUGAGAGUGAAGAGAUUCCUAUGCCAGCGUACCAUGGCUCAGAACACAGUGACACUCUACUGCAAUCUCCUAUUGGCCAGUGCUCUGUAAAGACCACAAGCACAGGCUCCAUGAUUGCCUCAACACCCCCAGCCUCAGAUGAGGUGGAUUCCUCAAUGUCGAUUGCUCUUGGUGCUGAACCCAAGUGCCAGGAGGGGCUUGUAAAGAUGCUCACAGUCCCUUAUGCAAGGAACGACAGUGGGAUAAUCUCUUUGGACCAGCAUGACUUACAGGAGAUAUUACACCUGGGACCCAGGCUGCAUUCCCAGGACAAAGAGACCUACUCAGCACUUCAGAAGAAGGUGAAGACACCAACUGCAUGCAGUUCAAAAGAGGAGAAACUGACACUAGCGAAGAGGCAACACAUGGUCAAACAGCAGCUAAUUUUGGACCACAGUGCUGUUCUCAGUCCAAACACUUCGGCUCCAUUUGUUUCAGUGGAGGAUGCUGUCAGACAUUUGUUACCCUACCAUACUUGUGCUAGAGCUCUACCCAGCCAGGCUGACUUUAUCUCAGUGGACAAGGAGUUUGAGUGUUUUUCAGUUGUUCUGUUGAAACGAACCAAAGACAUGAUAAACAAGUACAGGCAACUACUUCUGGCUGAAUCCCAGCAGGAGAGCCCAUCAGCAGAGAUGGUGAUGCUAGAGCGCUUGUUUCUCCAGUCGGAGAGACUCUCACUGGGGGAGGAUAGACGGCGAGCCAGAAGAGAUCCAGCAGAUUCCUUCCUGAUGUCACGGCCUAAGAACUCAUCACAGCAGAGUCAAGUGUCAUCUGUCCAGACUGGCCUUUCUGGUUGUCCUGCAUCUCCACCAUCGUGGACCUUGCAAUCUGACAGACCUCCUGGCCUCAAGACAUAUCGCUCUAGCAGCAGAGGAGCACUACGUCUCACUAUCAAACACGAGUCGGGAUCCCGCAAAAUCAUCCACAACUCUGCAUGUGAUGCCUCGAAUGCCAUCUCUGGGUAUAAACGAAACUACAGCGGGCAGUUAACUAUGGGAGGAGCCAUGCAGGGGAAAGAUGACUCCCUCAAGCCUCCUUUGUCAAAUGUCAAUGAGAACAAAAAUGAACUAAACAAGCUGAAAUUGCACCCUGACAUGAAAACAAUUAGGACAGGUAUCGAUUCUCAAAACCACUCUGAUUCUGUGGCCAUGCCGGACUAUGUAGCUUCAAGGGUGCAAGGCUUACUUCCAGAGCAAUGCACUCCAGUGCUUAAAAGGAACAGGCUGGUUGCUUCGGCAGUGGAGUCUCCAAGUUUGCCUACACUAGUAGAGGAUGGGGAACUGAGUGAACACCUGCAAAGUGCUAUAGACAGCAUUCUGGAGCUGCAAAGGUUGCAGGGUUCUACAGUAGGAGUCAAACCCAAGAUUCAACAGCCUCACGCACUGGAUCAGGCAGUCAGCAGCAUGCUAGAAGGACAACUAUGAGAUGGAGAAGAAAGAAGUGCAAGAUGAACAGAGAAGUCUUUUGCUAGAAAUAUAGCUUAUACAUCCUGCAAUACACAUCCAGCAGAGACUAAUUUUAUUCAUUUUUCCUGAGGAAGAAAGACCUAUUUAUUAUUAUUUAUUGUGUAAAUAGAGUGAAUAGAAGUUUUUGGAACCUUUUUGUGGAGACACAUUACAGUAAUUUAUAGUCUUUAUCAGUUUAAGACAAGAUUAAAACAAAAGUGCAGUUUGGCUGUAUGUAUAUGCCAUUUUGAUGUGAAUGUGUCUAUAAGACGACUAUUUCUCUUUUGAUGGGGACUUAGGUCUGUUUGAUGUGGUUUGGUUAUUUUGAUAGCUCCUUACCAAACUCUGGGGCUCCCAAGGAACCAAACCAGAGUACACUUGUAAACGGCAGCUUGGUUUACAGUUCAUGUAGAAUUAAACUGGCCUUAACCUAUGAAAACUGCAUUGUACAGCAAAUGUGAGAAUGUAUCAAGGCAAAAUGCUUGGUCCGAACUGAAGUUCAGAAAACACCAGCCUAAUGUACUGAUGUCAAGUAGACUUUCACACUAGAUUUCAGCACACCAUGAACUCUAGCGUGAAAGCAGCCCAUGUUUUGUAUGCUCAGACAGUACACAGAAUGAUGUCUGUUCCAGCCUGUUUACCCCCAAAGAAAAUAUACCUUAUUUAUUCUGAAAUCACCAGCAAAACUAAUUAAAACAAUGGUGAGAUUUAAGAAAUGCAUUAUCCUAAUGCAUGAAAAUGUAAAGCAUAACAGGACCUACACUGAGCAAAUGGCGGAUUUAAUGUAUGCCUUAUUCCAGUGGUGUGCAAACCUGUUCCUGGAGGGCCACUGUCCUGCCACAAGUGACGGUGGCCCUCCAGGUGCAGGAUUGGACUCCCUGCCUUACUCUGUCACUGCAAUGAACUGUACUAUUCCUAUUGUGGUUUAAGUCAAGAAGAUAUAUAGAUGCAAAAGCAAUAAGUAGCAGAUGGUUGUUAAAAUGUGGUUGUGCCUCAAUCAAAAUACUAAAUCCUUUUGAAUUUCAUUGUUGUAGAUCAUUCAACUGUUUGAAAAUUCAGAUCACUACUGAAGUUCAACAACAUGCACUCAAUUUAGUUGGAAUACAGACCUUGUAUAAUUGUUUUAACUGCAGUUCACCAAAGCCAAAAGCAGUAACUAUAUACAUCCAAGCAGUGACAAAUAUUGUUAUAUUAUUGAAUUAUUGCUUUUUUUUUUUUUUUUUGACAAUCUACUUACAAUGUCCUGCUCACAUUAUAUCAUUGAUGAAUACUUCAUAAUUGGAUAACAGAGUAGUAUAGUGAAGCAUUUUAAAAUAAGUGUUUGAUUGUCAUGUUAGUUGUGCCACUUGAUAUACAUGUCAAAUAUUGUCCUCAAGUUGUAUCUUCAUGUCUUAUGAGACAGGAACGUCUUUAAAUGUUUAUGUAUUGCUUCCCUGACAAACACUAUGCAGUACUCUUAUAGAACACUUGGCCCUAAAUGUGACAAGAUGUUUGUAACAUACCCCAUUUUGUUUGAUUCAAACUUUUGUGUACUAUUACUGUGAAACGUAGCAUAUUUGACACUGAUCCAAAACUGUCAUUUGACAGAUUGCUCUGAUGCCACAAUCAAAGAGGCCUUAAAGCUGCUCUACCAGAAUCACUAGACUAGAUUUUAAACCCCCAAUUUUAGACCCAAUAUCACUGAAGUGACCAAAACAAAGUUUUUUUUUUUUUUUUAAACAUUUCUACAGACUAUUUAUUAAAUCUUGUUU